GAGAGAGAGGUUAUGAGUAUCACUAAACGACAGGGGCAGGUACUAGAUGAUUUUCUAGAUCACAACGGAAGAAACCAAAACAUUGAAGGGAACAACCAAAACAAAGAAAAUGAGAGAGGGGAAAAGAGAAGCUAAACAGUGAGUGAGUGACAGAUUCUUCACAGAUUCCUUCAGUCGAGUUUAGGAUUCGAUUGAAGGACACAGGAGCUCCCCUGAAGAACAGCUGAAUACCAUAAAGGACAUUCCAGCCAUACUGAUAGAAAACUGGACGUUCUAACCACAAUUACAACAACACACUGCUUUAAAGGUUGUGCUUUAAGCCUGUAUAAUGGCAGAAGCGCAUCAGGCCGUGGGCUUUCAGUUCACAGUCACACCUGAUGGGAUUGACCUUCAGCUGAGCCGUGAGGUGCUGAGACACAUUUACCUGUCUGGAGUCACAUCAUGGAAAAAACGUGCCAUCCGCUUUAAGAACGGUGUUCUUACAGGCGUAUACCCCGCCAGUCCAUCCAGCUGGUUAAUAGUAGUCAUCGCGAUCAUGAGCACUAUGUAUGCCAGGAUCGAUCCCUCCAUGGGCAUGAUCGACAAGAUCAAGACAUCUAUACCAGUCAGUAACUUUAUGACGGUUCAGACACAGACGGUGUUCAGCGCCAUCCUGUUUGCCACAGCUGUGUGGUUUUCCUUCAUCCUGCUGAUGCGUUACAUCCUCAAAGCUCUUCUGUCUUAUCACAGCUGGAUCUUUGAGUCACACGGCAAAAUGAGCUCCUUCACUAAAGUCUGGCUGAGUCUUGUGAAGCUGCUUUCCGGCCGGCGACCGUUACUGUACAGUUUUCAGGCAUCUCUCCCCCGUCUGCCUGUACCGAGCAUUGAUGAUACGAUCAGUAGGUAUUUGGAAUCGGUUCGACCUCUUCUGGACGAUGAGCAGUAUAAACAGAUGGAGGUUGUUGCUAAUGAUUUCAAAAAGGAUCCUGCACCCAAACUUCAAAAAUACCUUGUACUCAAGUCCUGGUGGGCAACCAAUUACGUGAGCGACUGGUGGGAGGAGUAUAUCUACCUGAAAGGCAGGGGUCCCAUCAUGGUCAACAGCAACUUUUACACAAUGGAUUUACUCUACGUGAUCCCUACACACAGACAGGCUGCAAGAGCAGCUAACGCUGUGCACGCUAUGCUGCAAUACCGCCGUAAACUCGAGAGAGGAGAACUUACCCCGCUGAUGGCCCUUGGCAUUGUGCCUAUGUGCUCUGUUCAGUAUGAAAGAAUGUUUAAUACCACCCGUAUCCCUGGCAUUGAAACUGAUUUUGUGCAGCACCUGAAGGACAGGAAGCAUCUGGUGGUCUAUCAUCGAGGGCGGUUCUUUAAGCUUUGGCUUUACUAUGGCGGGCGUCACCUUUGGCCCUCUGAGCUUGAGCAGCAGUUUCAGCGCAUACUGGACGACAAGUCUGAACCUCUGAUGGGAGAACUGAAACUCGCUGCACUUACGGCCGGGAACAGGGUUCCCUGGGCAAGGGCACGUCUAAAGUACUUCAAUGAGGGCGUCAACAAGGCGUCACUGGAAGCCAUUGAGACGGCAUCGUUUUUUAUGACCCUGGAUGAUGAUGCGCAUGGAUAUGAUCCAGAGAACAUGCGGUCCCUGGACCUCUAUGCCAAAUCUCUACUUCAUGGAAAGUGUUAUGACAGGUGGUUCGAUAAAUCAUUCAAUCUGAUUGUCUACAAGAAUGGUAAAAUGGGCAUCAACACUGAGCAUUCAUGGGCUGACGCUCCCAUCGUUGGGCAUAUGUGGGAGUAUGUUUUGGCCACAGAUUGUUUUCACCUUGGUUAUACCGAGGAGGGACAUUGCAAAGGAGAUGUCAACAAAGGCCUGGCUCCCCCUACCAGACUACAGUGGGACAUCCCGAAAGCAUGCCAGGAGAUAAUUGAAGGUUCAUAUGAGGUCGCUAAGAGAAUUGCUGAUGAUGUGGAUUUCCACGGCUGUUUGUUUACUGAAUUCGGGAAGGGCCUGAUAAAGAAAUGUCGAACAAGUCCAGAUGCUUUUAUCCAGCUGGCACUGCAGCUAGCUUAUUACAGGGACAAAGGGGAGUUCUGUCUCACUUAUGAGUCGUCAAUGACACGCAUGUUCCGCGAGGGGCGCACAGAAACCGUCCGCUCCUGCACCUGCGAGUCCGCCAUGUUUGUCCGAGCAAUGGAAGACAAAAACAUCACGAAAGAGCAGAGGUUAGCGCUCUUCCAUCAAGCCGCAGAGAAACAUCAGAACAUGUACCGUCUGGCCAUGACUGGAGCUGGUAUUGACCGGCAUCUCUUUUGCUUGUACAUAGUGUCUAAAGUAAUGGGCAUAGACUCACCCUUCCUCAAACAGGUUUUGUCAGAACCCUGGCGUCUCUCCACCAGUCAGACCCCUCAGCAGCAGCUUAACCUCAUUGACAUUCAGAAGUUUCCCAAAUAUGUUGGAGCGGGUGGAGGAUUUGGGCCUGUCGCCGAUGACGGGUAUGGCGUUUCUUACAUAAUUGUUGGGGAAAACCUCAUCACCUUUCACAUUUCCAGCAAGAUCUCUAGUCCAGAAACAGAUUCGUAUCGCUUUGGGCAGAACAUCAAAAGGGCCAUGCUGGACAUCAGAUCUCUGUACAACCAGAACGAUAAGAAGAUAUAAACCCUUGACUUUCAUGUGCAAGGAAACUGUUAAAUGAAUAUCCAAUGUAUUUAUUUUAAAUUCCUGAUGAUUUUCGCAUGUAUGGUUUCUUUUUCUUUGUCAUGUGGCUGUAAAUAUUGAAUUUGUGCACAAUUUUUUUUUUUUUUUAAAUGUUCAACCUGCCCUGUCUUUAAAUAAAGGUAUAUUUAUAAGUUGUA